AUGUCUGCCAAGGUGCCUACCGAGCCACCGCCAGAGAAUGGUUACGAUGAGAAGCGGUCAUCAGACUUCAACAACGAGGGUACAGCCUCGGAUGAGGCUAGGCCUGUUGAUGAGAUCACCCCCCAGGAUUCCAGCGAUGCUGAUUCUGGUCCACAGUACCCGUCUGGAUUGAAACUGUUUUUUGUUUUUAUCGGCCUCUUUCUUUUUGAACUCGGCUCGCUUAUCUGUGGUGUUGCUCCAAACUCCAUCGCUCUUAUCGUCGGUCGUGCCAUUGCGGGCUUGGGUUCGGCUGGGCUCUUUUCAGGCUCGUUGAUCAUCCUCGCUUUUAGUACUCCCGUCCAUAAACGGCCUCUUUUCACUAGUUUGAUCACCUCUGUCUACGGAAUUGCCAGCGUUGUAGGUCCACUGCUCGGUGGCGUCUUCACAGACAAUGUUACCUGGCGCUGGUGCUUCUACAUCAACCUUCCAAUCGGGGGCGUGACUGCUGUUGCCAUAUUCUUUUUUUACAAGGCACCACCCCCGCAGCCGCAGCCGAAGAGGACAUGGAUCGAGAGUAUUUCGCGUUUCGAUCCUAUAGGUACUCUGCUUUUCACCCCCAGCAUUAUCUGUCUGCUCAUCGCUCUGCAAUGGGGUGGCAUAACCUAUCCUUGGAGUAACGGGCGAAUCAUUGCGCUGUUAGUUGUCUUUGGUGUUUUCUACUCCUUGCCUUUAUUGCUGUGCAGUUAUGGGCCGGUGAGAAUGCAACUAUUCCACUACGUGUCGCUAAGUAGCGAAGCAUAG